CCAUCAUCUCUACACCCCCCUUUGUGAGCUUUUCUUUUCAGCUUUAUUCGAAUCUUUGGAGCUUGUUCUUUACUGCUCUAAUCGUCUGUUUCUCUCUCCCUUUCUGUAAAAUGAAUUUUGAUGUUAUUUUCAUCGAUUGGGUGGUUGUUUCUGCAGUUAUGCUCUGGGGUUCUUUUAAUUUUGCCAACUGCUUCGAGUUCUUAUAAAAAAAAACCCAAUUUUUACCUGGUUGGCUGGAUACCUUCAUCAAGGGUAAUUUAAGGGCUUAGUUUCAUGUAAAGAUUGGAUCUUUUUUCAUGCCAUCUGCUUAAGGGUAGUUUUAUCUGAGAGCUGACAUCGAUUCCUUGCUGUUGGAUAGAAAACUUUACAGCUUUCUUAUUGCUUGGGUGAUUUUUUCUUACUAGCUAUUUUUUUAUCCGAGGGGCUUUGAUUUUGUCUGAAGAAUUAUAAAUUGGGAGAGGUUUUGAUUAUUCAACUUUAUUUGAGAACAUUUGUGAGAAGUUGCUUUAUAGAAUUCGGUUGUGUUUAUAUAAAGGGUUUGGCUUAUAUUGCUUUAACUUGAAAGUGUUCUUCCGAGGUUUUCGAUUUAUGGUUGGAAAGGAAUAUGGCUGCGAGUAUGGAUAUUUCACCUCCAUUGGCAAUCAUAGAAGGCGGUUACACUAAGGGUAAUGUAUCAGGCAUGGACAAUGAGAAUUUUGAUAAUGAAAAACAAGUCACUCUCUGGAAACCUCCGCGUCACCUCUCGGUUAUGCAGCAUUGUGUGAGUUCGGGGAGGAUGAUUGCUGAGGCGAAUUUGGAAUUGGAUGUUGGUAUUGUAGUUCACAAGUCAUCUUCUGAUGAAAAAACUGAGCUUUUUCCUGUCCUGCGAUCGGGAAGUUGUUCGGAAAUAGGACCAAAACAGUAUAUGGAGGAUGAGCACAUUUGCAUAGAUGAUCUUCUCGGACAUCUGGAGACGAAUGCAAAGUUCCCUUCUCCGGGAGCUUUCUAUGGGGUUUUUGAUGGUCAUGGAGGAACGGAUGCGGCAGUAUUUAUUAGGGAGAAUAUCCUUAAAUUCAUAGUUGAAGACUCUCAUUUUCCAAUUUGUGUGGAGAAGGCGAUGAAGAGUGCUUUUCUGAAAGCUGAUUAUACCUUUGCAGAUGGCAGUUCUCUUGAUAUAUCCUCCGGCACCACUGCAUUAACUGCUCUUAUCUUCGGAAGAACCUUGGUAAUUGCAAAUGCUGGAGAUUGUCGAGCUGUUCUGGGAAGGCGAGGUAGAGCAAUCGAAAUGUCCAAGGAUCACAAACCUAAUUGCACAUCUGAAAGAAUAAGAAUUGAGAAACUCGGCGGAGUAAUUUAUGAUGGCUACCUUAAUGGGCAAUUAUCUGUGGCACGUGCACUCGGAGACUGGCACAUGAAGGCACCAAUGGGAUCUGCCUGUCCUUUAAGUGCAGAGCCGGAGCUGCAAGAGACAGACCUGAGUGAGGAGGAUGAAUUCUUGAUAAUGGGGUGUGAUGGGUUGUGGGAUGUUAUGAGCAGUCAGUGUGCCGUGACUAUGGCGAGGAAAGAGCUGAUGCUUCAUAACGAUCCCGAAAGGUGCUCAAGAGAGCUUGUAAGGGAGGCAUUGAAGCGCAACACUAGUGAUAAUUUAACGGUGAUCGUGGUUUGUUUCUCAGCUGAUCCUCCCCCUCGAAUAGAAAUACCACAAACCCGUGUUCAGAGGAACGUAUCAUCGGAAGGGCUGAAUUUACUAAAGGGUGUGCUGCACUGUAACUGAUGAAACAGGGAACGGUUGAAAGAUAUUUGCUUCCCAAACGCAUUGGAGGGCGAAAUGGUCUUGGCAUUUUUCUACCGGGUAGCUGCAGCUGCCCCCUUGCACAAUGGCUGACAUUCACCCUUCAUUCAGGGACAUCCUUGUCAUGUAGAAUAUGAUUCCUUUAGAGUUUUGAAAUCCUGUACACCAGAGCUAGCCCAUCUUGUACCUCCGAUUUGCAGGAUUCAUUGUUCUUUCUUUUCCUUCAUCUGCUUCCUCCUGUGUAAAUAAACCGAAUCUUGAGAGAUAUGUUCUAGCACUCUUGAUAAAUUAAAUAAUUGACAUCAUU